AUGCUGGCGGCGGAGAUCCUCGGGGUGGACCUCAUUGAGGAUCCCUUUCUCGUGCCGCCGCUGAAGCUCGCACUGCCUGCCCUGGCUGCCGCCUUCCAGCGGGGCGAGCUCAACGAGGACAGUGUGGACGAGAUUUACAAGGCCUUGGCCUCAGCUCGGGCCUCCGCGAAGACCGAGGAGGCCGAAGCAGAGGAGGGCCCUGCCAGUCCCGGUGUGCAGAACUGCGAGGAGUGCGAUGCGCCUGCCAUCUGGCACUGCCCCGCUUGUGAAGGCUCCUUCUGCGGCAGCUGCUUCGACAAGCUCCAUGCGCGGGGGCGCCGUGCGGAACACCCGCGGCUGGACCUGGCAUAUGCAGGCUUCAAGAUGAAAAGGGACGAGGUUCGAGCUCGGAAGCAGGUGGUCAACAUACGCUGGCAUGCCUUCUACGACGCACAGGGCCUGAAGUUCUACUACAACUUCGAGUCUCAGCAGUCGCUGCGGAAGCUGUCGGCGAAAGAGCUCGCAUGGCAGCCACCACCGCCGCUGCCCGUGGGUGCCGAUUUGAGCAUCGGGGCAAAAAGGGGCGCUGGAGCGCAAGUUCAGAACUUUGAGGCGCUCUCAGAUGGCAGUGGCAGCACUGAGUCGUGGAAAUUCCGGCAGACGGCGGCCAGCAUAGAGCUUGUGCCUCCGUCCGUGGUCGUGACGGAUGUAGACAGCGACGGCCCGACAUCCACGAGAGUGGUCUCCUUUGAGUUUGCCGCUGAGCCGGAGCUGGAGCCAGCUCCCAGAAAAAGUCGCUUUGAUGGCAAGGCACGGUUUACUCGCGUCUCGAAGCGCGAUCCAGAUGCCAUGAAGGAGCUGCGGAAGACCAUCCAGCAGAAAGCAGAGGAGUACGAGUGGAGGGCCGCCGACUAUGGAAACAAGGCGAGCGAAGUCGCCAAGGCGAUGAAGCUGGACGUGCGAGGGCUUGAAGGCUCGCGCUUGACCAUGCAUCGUUGGAUCUCCUGGGCUGGCUUCGACACCAUCAUUGGCCUGGUGAUCAUGGUGAAUGCCGUGACGAUCGGCGUGGAGGCACAUUACAACGCUUCGAUUCCCGUGGGCUGCACUGCUAGCUGCGCUUGUGACAUUGGCAUCCUCGACGCCUGCGCCGUCGUCCCCCCAUGGCUGACGUACCUCGACUAUGUCUUCUUCCUGGUUUAUGUCACGGAGUUCGCCAUGAGAUACUACGCUUAUGGGAGAGCUGUGCUUCGCAGCAACUGGGUGAAGUUCGACCUCUUCUUGAUUGUCAGCAGUGCUGUGGACCUCACACUCAAUCUGGUGAACGUGCAAAAUGAGCUCCUCAACCAGGUCAUGCUCGUGCGGAUACUGCGUUUGCUCCGCCUGGCCCGUGCAGUUCGCCUCAUUGUCCUCUUUCAGACGCUCUGGCAGCUGGUGCAAGGGCUUCUCCACAGUGUGACAACACUUUUUUGGACCUUCCUAUUGGUCAUGAUCUUAAUCUACAUCUUCGCCAUCAUCGGCAUGGAGUUUAUUUCAGAGGACCCGGCUCUUGACGCCAACCACGAGUACAAUGUCGCUGCCAGGGAGAACUUCAGCAACUUUGGGGACGCCAUCAUGACCCUUCUGCAGAUGUUCAGUAUGGAUAGCAUUGGCGCCGUCUACAGGCCCUUGGUCAAGCAUCGGCGCUGUGGCAGCAACUUACAGCUCAUGGCCUACGCUGUUAUCCUUGGUUGGGUCUUGUUGCUUUUGGGACUUGCAGCUUCAAGGCUGUAG